GAGCCAACAGAGCUCAUGACCAGUCUACCAGGACUGGCUGGAGAUCUGGCAGAGCAGCUUCUGACUGGAUUUGUGAGCGGGCAGCCCCGCCCCGAGCGCCACUGCAUCGUGAAGAUUGUGGGUGGCUUGGUCAGGUUGCGCGAUGAAGGGCGUCUUUGCGAGCUGGCGGAGGCCGCGGGUGGACCGCUCCCGCUCGGCCCAGAUCCUUUCGAGGCUAGCCGAGAGCUUCUGAACGACGGCGAGCGGUGCUGGGGUGAUGUCAGUGGCGGUUGGCUCAAUCCUGUGGUGGUUCAAGAAGCGCGCAAGUGCGAGGUCGGUUGGUUGCGCCGGCAAGAGGUGCGCGAGAAACGGCCGCUGCAGGAGCGCAGGGGAAUCGCCGGGACCAAUCCAAUCAAGGUUCUUUGGAUAGACGCGAACAAGGGCGACGACGAACGACCCGACUACAGGUCGAGGAUUGUUGUCCGCGAGAAGCGGGGUGAAGGCGAAGAGGCCCCGGCGCUGCCGUCUGCCUUGCUCUUCUUCGCGAUGCCGCCCCUGGGGGCGGUGAAGAUCCAUGGCGCCAGGUCUGUGUGCAUGGAGCUCCCAGAGCAGGAGCAAGACGGAAUCCAUUGUGGAUCGCUCGCGAAGUCCUCGCGUGGGAUUCAAGACGAGUCAGCGAUCUGGCAGCGUGACUGCGCGUGGGUGUUACAGAGUGAUGGUCACGUGGCGGGCAGAGCCAGACCAGCACUGUUCUACAACAGUCGGGGCGACUGCCGCUCGUUAGUGCGCAGAGAUGACUUUUGUGCGCUGGGUGACAAUGCGGCGUUAGACCAGAUCGAGAAGACGUUCAGGUCCAAAUCUGAUCUGAGAGCGACAGGAAACUUCAGACUGGGCACCGGGGAAGAGCAGGGAGUGAUUUUCUUGAUCAGGGUGCUCAGGGUCACGGGUAGCCCCGGUGACGAGAGGUUCGAGAUCGAAGCAGACCUGCGACGCGCAGAGAUGAUCGCGAAUGAGCUCGGUUUAGGAGGAUGUUCUACGAAGUCCCUGGACACGCCAGGAGAGAACGAAUGCUACGCCGUCAGCGUAGGCGCUUGCGCAGGGCUCGAGAUCAAAGGUGUCCUCGACGAUUGGAAUGUUUUGUCCACAGUGGGG